CGUCGAGCCGCCAGAGCAACAUCAACGAGAAGCAGCCUUGAGCGCUUUGGGGAGUGCCUGACCCCCAGGAGGCGAUAGCAGCAUGCGCCGCGUGAACCCAGACAAGUGAUAGGCUCCGUCGUGGCCACACAUCGAGGGAGUGGCUGCCGUCGACGCUCCGGCCACGUACCCUUGAGUGCCGGUUUUUUGUGGUGCUCACUGAAGAUACGACACACCCCACGCAGCGCACUAUGAGACAAACGGCCGUCAGACUCCUCCUAAGCCACAGGGGUCUUCUACGAGAGCCACCCCGCGCCUCCUCACUCACCUUUCUCUGUCAAACGCACGCCCUGUCUGCCUUGUCUCCCUCCACGUGUCAAGCCAGCACCCACACCGACGCCCGCACCAAAGCCCAACCCCACGCCCAAAUCAACGUUCAGUCCCCCACGAACCAGCUGGACUUCGGCGAUGGCAGUUGGGUAUUCCGCCACAAGACCGCGAGGGAGCUCCUACGAGGCCUGCUGGUGCUCCACGCAUGCGCUGUGGACCCAUUGGUGACGCACAGCUACAAGCUCAUGAAGAUAGGCGAGCGGCUACUUGGAUCGAGUCUCCUGGGGCUGCUGAUGUCGCCCUUCUACAGUCAGUUCGUAGCGGGAGACAGCGAGGCAGAGCUGGGCAGGGUGAGCCGCUCCCUGGCAGACGUGGGCGUGCGUCUGAUGGUGGCGCCCAUGCUGGAGACGGAUCUGGGGGAGGGAGUGGACGAGCAGGAGAUGUACCGCCGUAACCUGGACAAGACCCUCAUGCUGGUGGCUCAGACGCGGCGGCAGAGUGUGAUGGGCGGUGCGCGACCCGUGUGUCAGACCAAGAUGACGGCUCACCUCACCGCCGACGUGCUGAAACGCGUAUCAGAUGCCUACCAAAGCCUAACGCUGGAGGGGAAGACGGAGGCGGUGAGGGAGUUGGGGCAGCUCAUGGUGAAGGAGGCGACGAAGGAGGAGGGGGAAGCUGGAGGGAAGAAGAGAGAGGCAGGGAGAGAAGAGUGGCCACAUCCUUCCACCUCUUCAGUUUCCUCCUCCUCCUCCUCUCUUCAGGGCCUCCUCCGUUCUCUCCCACUUCAAGAAUCGGACGCCCAUCGCCUCUUGUGCUGCCUUCCGCGUCUCCAUCAGUUGGGGGAGACUUGUCGGAGGGAGGACGUGGUGCUGGCCGUGGAUGCUGAGUACACCUACACCAACCCUGCCAUUAACCUGAUGACCCUGGCCAUGAUGCACGUGUUCAAUCGCCAGGAGAAAAGAGGAGGAGGAGGAAGAGGAAGAGGACCUAUCGUAUGGAACACUUAUCAAGGCUACCUCAAAGCGGGCGUGGAGAACCUGCAGGAGGACUUGGCGGUGGCGAGGGCCCUGGGGGAGGACAUGAGUUUCGGCGUCAAGCUUGUGCGCGGCGCCUACCUAGAGAGGGAGAGGGCGUGGGCAGCCGAGCAGGGUCGCCCCGACCCCGUCAACGACACCUACGAGGACACCUGUGACGUCUACAACAGGAUGGUGGAGGUGAUGCUGGCGGAGGUGGAUGCGGCGGAGAACGCGUCGGGGGGAGGAGAAGGCGCUGAAGGAGGUCAAGUGUCGCGCGCCGUGAUGGUGGCGACGCACAACGAGGAGUCGGUGGUGCUGGCGACGCAGAAGGCGACGCGGCUGGGCCUGGACACGCGGGGGGGCAGCGUGGUGUUCGCGCAGGUGUACGGCAUGGCGGAAAACAUCUCAGUGCCCCUCGCCGCGGCGGGGUUCCUCGUGUACAAGUCAGUGCCCGUGGGGAGCGUGGCCGAGGUGCUCCCCUACCUGAGUCGCCGGGCCGCGGAGAACAGGGCGGUGAUGCGAGGGGCGAGGCGGGAGAGACAACUGUUGGCGAAGGAGCUGGCGGCGAGGGUGGUGGGGCGGGGGUGAAAGGAAGGGGGUGAGGGUGAAGGGGGAGGGGUGAGGGUGGUGGGGAUGGUUUAAACGGUGCUUUGAUAGUUGGGUGGUUGUGGUGGUUAUGAAUGUAAUUGUGGAGGUGGUGAUGGUGGUAGCAGUAAUAGCAGUAGCAUUAGUGGUAGUAGUUAAAAUCUGACCCUUUCUUUUCAUUCUCCUUUUUUUUUGUGGGAGCGGUGCAUAGCGUUUUUUUUUCUCUUUUGUUUCGCUCUUGUCUCCUUUGCUAUGAUAAAACUGUGACAAAGAAUAGUAGUAGUAGUAGUAGUAGUAGUAGUAGUAGUAGUAGUAGUAGUAGUAGUAAUAGUAGUAGUAGGCUAGCAGUAGGUAUGGGAUCUGUAACCUAAGUUGACGUGAACUGAUGAUACUGUCCAUGUCCAUUUAUAUAUAUAUUUCCAUACCUUAUUCUCAGUAUAUUUCAAAAACAUGUAUAGUGUACUACUUAAUAAAGAAAUAAAUCUA